AUAGAAGCGCUUCCGGCAGCGUGGAACACUCUGACAUCAUCCCCCGCACCCCGGUGACGUCAGCGCCGGGAGCGGUGUGUGACGCCAGUGCGUAGGGGAACGCGGUGACGUGUCCUAUUUAAAGGUCCCGAGCGGAGGAUGGAGACACAGCGAGCAGGUGCAGCGGCGGGGAGAGCGCGGCCGGCCGGGCGCAGGGGGGCGCGCGGCGCAGCGCGCUAGGGACGCUCGGGCGCCGGCAGCGGCAGCAGGAGCGCCUCGCCGGGCUCCCUGCGGCGUGGAGGCGCCGGCAGGCCGGGGAGGCAGGGAGCGCGCUAGCGGGGGCGGGCGCGCAAGGAGGAGGAGGAGGAAGAGGAGGAGGGGGCGUGAGCAGGAGCGGAGCGGAGCGCCCGGACAGUGGCGGCCCUCCCGUGAGCCGCUGCAGGAGGAGCGGGGCCUGGCGCCGCCCCCGCCCGCCGGGAUCGAUCCGGAGGAGGAUGCUCGGCCGCCGCUGCAGGAGGAGGCGCGCCUGAGCGCGGCCGGAGGAGGAGGAGCGGCGCCCCGCGCUCUGCAGCCGGCGGAGGAGCGACCCUUGCCGCCGCCGCUCGCCGGAGCCCGAUGCCCGCGCCGGUGCCGCGGCGCCUGCCUCCGCCUCCAGCCGCUCGUCGGGAGGAUGAGCCGCGGCCGCUGCCGGCGCCGGCGGGGCUGUUAGAGCGAGCGGCGGUGCCCGGACCCGGCCCGCUCCGCGCCUGAGCGCGGCGGCGGCGGCCUCGGGGCGCCCGGCCGAGCGCGUCGCGUCGCGCCGCUGCUGCUGCUGCCGCUGCCGGUGGUGCCGGUGCCGCAGGCGAGCGCGGGGAGGCGGCUGCGAGCCACACGCCCCUGCCGCGGCGGGAGGAGGAGGAGGAGAUGCCGCGGGGCCCCCUCGGGCUCGCCGCCUAGGACGCGCCCGCGCUGCGUCUGGCCGCACAUGCCGCUACGGGAGCGGGGGGCGCCCAGCUUGUAGGCGCCGCGCUCAGCGCUGCCCCGCCGCCGCCCCCGAGCGGGCGGCCUCCUGCGGGCCGGGCCGGCCCGGGCUCCACAGCGGACGGCGACCGACGCCGAGGCCGCGACGCCUCUGGGCACCGGGGCUCGAGAGCAACUUCCGUGCAGCCUCCGGCGGGCACCAUGGGGGAACAGCCCAUCUUCAGCACCCGAGCUCAUGUCUUCCAGAUUGACCCAAACACUAAGAAGAACUGGGUUCCCACCAGCAAGCAUGCUGUUACUGUGUCCUAUUUCUAUGACAGCACAAGAAAUGUCUAUAGGAUAAUCAGCUUGGAUGGCUCAAAGGCAAUAAUAAAUAGCACUAUCACCCCCAACAUGACAUUUACUAAAACAUCCCAGAAGUUUGGCCAGUGGGCAGACAGCAGGGCGAAUACUGUCUAUGGCUUGGGAUUUUCCUCUGAACAUCACCUUUCAAAAUUUGCAGAGAAAUUUCAGGAAUUCAAAGAAGCUGCACGAUUAGCAAAGGAGAAAUCCCAAGAAAAGAUGGAGCUAACAAGUACACCUUCACAGGAAUCAGCAGGAGGGGAUAUUCAGUCUCCUUUAACACCAGAAAGUAUUAAUGGAACAGAUGAUGAAAGAACAACUCCAGAAGUGACACAAAACUCAGAACCAAGGGCUGAACCAACCCAGAAUGCAUUGCCAUUUACACAUAGAUGUGCUUGAAUUUUCUACAAGUAUUUCUGUGUGAAAAGAAGAAGCAGUAAAAUACAACGCCAGUUAUGGUAUUUAAAAAGAAAACAAACUGGGAACAUUAUAUGAACUGCCUUCUAUUACAGUUACUGUAAAUAGUUAUUUCUGAUAUAUCAAUUGAACCUACAUCUACACUGAGCAUGACUGAACAUAUUAUUUUUUGAUGUUUUUUUAAACUAAGCAUAUGUAAUAUUACUUGUAACUUUUUGAAAUUCUAUGACAGCAGUUGCAUAACUUGUCCUGCAAAUCUUCAUGUAUGUAUUGUGAGUUUUCUGUUCUUGAUAUUCUAUUGUACUGUUUGGCUUCACUAGCUAGUAUUGGUCUUCCGAUAUUGACUCUCUGUAUGUGAGGGUCAUUUAUUAUGGCGAUGAUUUUCACAAGACCAGCGUUUCUUUUGCUAAGGCUUCUUACAAGUUGGCCAGUGUGCCAUUCAUGUUUCUGAGAAAUGUGAAAAGGAAAAUGCAAAGGAAGUGACCUUGUGAAGUUAGUUUAUGCUGAAUUUAGAUAGUUUACACCUAUAGUUAAAUAAAGAUUGCAGUAGGCUAUAACUUUUAUUUCUACUGAAAGGCCCCUAUGUGGCUAUUUAUUUACAUACCGGUUUUUCACAUUGAGAGAGAGUGAGUACUUUGUUUGUUUGUUUUGUCUUUAAACAGUUCUUUCCAAAAACACUUCAUUUGAAAGUUUGUCGUUAUUUUUUUGAUGGAGGAUGAUUAAUAGAAUGCAAUCUUUAAUAUAUUGGAAUUAAGUAUUUUUCUGAUUUUUAUAGAUAGAUAAUGACGUUUUCUAAGAACAGCUAUAUUAAGUUGGAAAAUAGAUUUUACUUAUGGCAAAAUUAGUUAAAUCGAUUUGCCUUGAUGCUAUGCAGUUGUUUGUCAUUAGAUUUAAUGAAACUCAAUGGACCAAAUCCUGAGUGCAUGCACAGAACAGAUUUGAAAUUAGACUGCAGAAGUAAGUUAGCAGGUUAAGUGUGGAUCUGAGGUGGGAUUUUUGCAGCAUUGAACAGGCAAAUAAGACAGAUGUAGUGCCAGUUGGUGUAGUGCUGUAUGCUGAUAGUUCUCUGUAGUUUAAUUUCAGAUGUCCAUAAGAAAAUCACUUACAUGCUACAACGUAUGCUAAAUAUUUCAGAUUAACCAGGCAUUUCAACAAGAGCUAAGAUAGAUAAGGGAUAGAUAAGGGAUAUAGAUAAGGGAUCACAUUCCUUCCUACAUUCCUUCUGCCCAGUAGUGCCUGCCUUAUUUCAAUGGCACUAUGGGGUAGAUCUCUGGGUCAUUUUACCUGCCACUGCUUUGUUUCUCCUGAUGCCUUGAUAACCACUGGUGGGUUACGAACAUAGCACAACUACAUAGAACAAAGCAGGUAUACCUUCCUAUUGUCACAAUAGUGCACUUCUAGAAUUACUGCUGCUCUGGAAUUGUCAAAUACAGGGCUCUUUCGUUUGCAAAUGUGAACUGACAAAGCUGAUGUUUUGAUAUCUGUUUUGCCUGACAAAGAUAAUUUCUAGCACAAUAAAGUGCAUGUGAGCGUUCUUUUCUGUAUGUCGGAGUGGUUGUGUUAUUUCCAGAGGUGUAAACAACUUGUUAGUGCUUUUCAAACAGCAAAGAAGGCCUAGCCCAACUUCUAAGUAGAGCACAAAGAGGGUAAGGUGAGAGAAGACAGUACAACAUAAUAGUUAACUACAGAUAGUGAUUGUCUAUAUUUUGGUAAAAUUAGCUUAUCUAGUCUAUUUCUUUCAACAAACAGAAUAUAUACGUUACUCUCAGUUACUUCUCAGAGUUGACAAUAUAACACAUUUCCCUACAGUUAUUCCAGUAGUUGUGGGACUUUAAAAGACUUGAAUACAAAGAGUGGGUGUAGUGGUAGCACAUGCACAGGGCUGUGGGAAACAGGCACAGGACUGGUGUGAAAGAAGCUGACAAAUAGGAAAAUAAGCCUCGAUUCAGUGACCGGGCAGAGGAAGUGGGGCAGCCAAUGCAGUUAAGUAAGGGAGGAGUAGAGUCAUGAAGGACUAUGAAGCAGUUUAACAAGAAUCUCGAAUUUGAUGUGCUCGUGGUAGAGCUGUUUGAAGGGUUUGCUAAUAGAAGAGGGUUUUUGUGGCUUUUUGCAUGAUUUGGAGGUGGGGGUUACCUAGACCUUGAUAUGGUGUUUUAGUUUGAAACUUUGCUAUUAGUUGUGUUCAGUCAGUUUGCACAUCUGCAAAAUAAGUUCCCAUUUGCAGCUAUGUUCCCACUUGCAGGCAUAACCUUUCCUCUCUCUACUUUCUUUGCAUAGGCAGUAGAGAGAUUUUAUUUUGCCUACUUGCUAAAUAUUUCAGCAGCAUAACAUUGGACUGCUUUCCUAUUUAGUUACUUUCUGUGUGCAUUGUACCCAAAGUCUGACUGCCAGCCUCAAUAUCAAUGCAUAGUUUAUGCUGUUAGGUGAACUUUAACUUUUUCAUAUCUUUAGUUGAAUUAUUUGAAAUAUUGAGACAAAUUCCACUUUUAUUAUAUGUAUGCAAUUCCAUUCAUGUCCCAUGAGCUCAAUCAACUAGAAUUUAGUCCAGUCAUAUCAGAUUAUCCUUAGUUGAAAAAUAUUAAAAACUGUCCAUAAGCAGUAUGACUGAGGUAAAAAUGUUAGGGAGAUUGAUAUUAAACAGUGUGCCAGCUUUACACAGAAAGAUAAACACAUGCAAUUACAUCUUCUGCCUAAUAUACAUGUUGGAGGUAGCUUGGUAGUUAGCAUUGAAUUAUUGAGUAAUACUUCUUGGCAGUUCAUCCUUGGUGGAAAAGUAUUAAUAAAAUUGUUCCUAAGCAAUAUGACUGCAGUCAUGCAUUUUAGGGAGAUUAAUACUAAAGAAUAUGCAACCUUUACUCACAAAGAUAAACUUGUACAAUUACAUUUCCUGUCUAAUGUAUAUAUUUAAGUAACUUCUGUAGUUAGCACUGAAUUAUUGUGUAAUACUAUUUAGCAGUUCAGUGUCGUCCUUUCCUAGUCAGUCUAGUACACACCAUUAAUGUGGCUGGAAAUUGGGAUAUAAAGCAAACUGAAAUAUAGUCUAAACUAUAAUCAUUAGCAUUUUUAAAUUGUCAUGAAUACAUUUCCCUGACCCUUUACUACUUAAUUCUAUCGAGACGGUUUGUAAUGCAGGUGCAAACAAAUUUUCAGGAACAUACGGAUGAAUCAAAGCUGAUGUGUAAUGUACAGUAAAGAAAACUGCUCCCAGAACUUGAUGCAGGCAAAAAACUUUAAAAUUUUAGUCCUCAUUUUUAAUUUUUGUUUAUUAUUUUCCACACCCUCAAAAUCCAAAACUGGGGUUUCACUACUGGAGUUGGGGGUACGGAAAUUAAGAAUUACAAAAAUUUAAGAGAAAAAAAUAUUCAUAAGUCUGACAUGACUGCACCUAGUAUUUUAAAGGUAGCUUUUCAUUGCAUUUGUGAAUAAUAGCACACAGUUCUUUGUGAAUAAUCAAAGAAAUGCUGCUUAUUCAGUCUUAGAAAAAUGGAGCAAAGAUUAUAAUUGAAUAGGCAGGUUGGUGAUCUCAAGUGUUGUUUUGACUUUUCCCAGUCUCUGUUUUUAAAACAUGUGGUCUCUUCCUGCCCCCCUCCCCCUGCCCCCCAUAAUAUGUUUGUGUUGGCUUUAUUCCAUUUCUCAAUACCUUAUAGAACAGUUGAAUAGAACUUAAGCUUUCAAAAGCUUGAGUAAAUAUAUGAAGACUUUAUAGUUUUGACAGAUCUUGAAAGUCUUAAACUAUCUUGUCGACCAGAACUUGAACCUGUUACCUCAUGUUUAAUGUAUUAUAAGCUUUUAAAUAUAUUUCAGUAUAAUAAAUUUGUGAUGUGCCAUUUUAACAAACCUUGGACUAUAUAUUAUUACAUAAUGGUUUGAUAGUAAAGAACAAAUUUGCUAGAAAAUAUAUACAUUGCCUGUUUGUUAAAAUAAUACUUAUUUUUGUAUUCAAAUAGAUUUUAAUAUGGAACUUUGAUUCAUUGCCUUAGUGAAAAGUAGGCAUUUAUUACAAAUUAUGGUUAUAUCUUAGAUUUUUAUUGUCUAGUCUGCAUACUAUUUGACAAUGCUGCAUGUAUAUCCAAUGCUGUAACAAAAAAAAAAUCUUGCUACUACUCCAUGUUUCUUUAAUGGGUUUUCAUUAAAAGUUUGUAUGCAGAAAUCUGUUUAGUAGAUCAGUUUGUCAUUUUUCAUCGAAACUGCACUUUUUCUGAAAACUUAAGAAGUUGACUUUAGUAUUAGAUUGUCAUAAAAACUAUUUUGUGGGUUAUAGUGAAUUCUUCCUAAAUUUGGGUUUCAAAAGAAAUGCUUUGAGUUUUAAAUAACUGUAUCGACUAACUUAAGGCAUAAGACCAUAAUGUAUAUUGGACUAUCAUGAUAUAUAUUCGCUUCAUAUUGUUAUUUGUGUGCUUUUGGGGCUUUUUAGCACCAUUAACCUGCUUUUUUAGAUGCAUGGAUUAAAUUCAGCUAAUAUAUAUAUAUUUUUUUGUGGUUCAACAAUAGCUAGAUUUUUUUUUAAAGUGUUUUUAUAUAAUAAUUCAUCUGUCCUCAGAUGGUGUGGCAUUAACCUAAAAUGCUCCAAAAUGUUACCCCCACCUCUGAAGAAUUCUAAUAUUCAAUUAUUUUCUUAUGAGUAGUGAAGAAUUCCUGGAGGCAUGCUGCACCCUGCUAGCAUACACUGACUAGUGUAGGAGUACAGCAGGGGAGUUUGGCUUCACAUUGGCUGGCGUGUCUCUUGUGUUGUGGAGCACCUGGUUGUGCUUUCCUUUCCCAUCUCUUCCCUUUUUAACAACUGUGGGGGGAAGAGAGAGGGGGAAAGGCUUCCUGCUUCUUUCUACUCCUCACCCCAAACCCUGCUGGUUUAACUGUACUCUUUUGUGGAUUUCCCGAAUUUA